UCCUUAAAGGGGUGGUAAAACACGGUUUUUCGAAGGCUUGAUUGUGUUUGUGGGGUGCACUGUAACAUAUGUUCAUGCUUCGUUUUUUAAAAAAAUGCAUUAUUUUUCAUAUAUUUUACCUUUACUCUACACUGCUCUGUCCCUCCUUGUAAAACGGUCUGAUGGUUUCCGGGUUCUAUGAAGCCAGUCCCACAAAAAUAGCAAUGGGCUCAGAUUGGUUAGCUGCCCCAGUGUGUUGUGAUUCGCUAACCGACUAGCGAAUCACAACACACUGGGUGUGUUUUUCGGUAACGUCACGCCCCUUACCUUUACCAGUAGUCAGUGCUUUGGGGGUAUUAGAAACAAUGGCGUCAAUAAAACCAUACCAAUUUGAGCCCGAAUCGGACCCAGAAAAUUUUGAUGAAGAUGAUCGAGCAUUUCCUGUUCAAGAACGGCUGUUAAAUGACGUUUCAGAAUGUUAUGUUUUUUAUUGUUGUGAUCUAAUACUUUUUUAGAUACGCUGUUAUUUAAUUGUACUAAUUAUAAUAGUUGAUGUUGAAUUUAUAACAAUAAUAAGUGUUUGUCUAUUAACAAAAGUAUUCAAGAACCUUUUUUAUUUAAAAAAUAUAUAUAUUUUAUUAGGUGUACAUGUAAUAACUGUGCAAAAAUGCCAACUGAAGAGGAAAACAUCUGCUGCAAAGAAAUACAGAAGGUUGUAAAACGAAUGAUGGAGGUCCCAGACCCUCCUAAAUGUAUGGUUGAGCAUCCAGGUUUUGAACCAAACUGCUUAAAUCCGUAUACUUUGCAAAAUAUCAAUAAUAUUUACAGAGCCGACUAUGGACCAGUGAGACGCAGAAAUGAAGAGGAGCGCUUCCGUUAUCUGGCCUAUCGCAGCUUUGUCAGCUGGUGCUGGGGCUACCUAGGACGUAGUGUGAGGGUUGUCAUCCCUUCAUGUGUUGUUAACCGGAUCCGCCUACAGUUUCCUGAUCCAGCGGGACAGUAUGUUGGGUUCCGGCCACCCCUCGACUGAAUCGUGACACACGCUGGGCAAUCACCUCUUCUUUGGAAGGUUUUUCAUACUGUGAUGACAGAGGAGGUGGAAUGGGGAUUGCAUGCAGCUCUUCCGCAUAUGGCUUGGGGUCCACAAAGACUUUAUGUAACAGAAGGCUCAUAAGGUCAUCGACAUAGUCUGUAAAGAACAGAAUACUGAGUCCCUCUAUGGGUUUAUAUAAUUACUGAUAAAUAAUCUACCUUUGUUUUAUAAUUAACAUUUGUGUAAUAUUUAUAAAUAUUUUUUGUAAGCUUAUAUUUACUUCAUUAUAGCUUUUGUUAUAUUAUUGUUAAUAAAACAUUUUACAACUUA